AUGAAAUCAGCGGGAAAAAAUUUAUGCAAAUAUUUCUGCAGAAAAUGUAAUAACUAUAUUUUUUAUAAUGAGGCAUGUGAAUUAAUAUUUAAAAAGAUAUACCCACAAUAUAACAAAAUAUACUAUAAUAAAAAUGAGCUAAACAAAAAGGCUACUACUACUACUACUACUAAUAAUAAUAAUAAUAAUAACAAUAAUAAUAAUAAUAAAGGAAAUAAUAAAGGAAAUAAUGACACACUUGAGACAGAAAAUUUAAAACUCUAUGAUAAUUUAUAUCGACAAAUUUAUAGUAAUGGAUUAUGUGGUGUAAAUAAACAAAGAAACGAUUUUCUAAAAAAAGAUAAUGUUUAUAAUAUGCUUGAUUUUCUUAACAAUGGAGGAAUUAAAUGCACAAAAUGUAACAAAGAUAAUAUGUGGUAUAUGAAAUGA